UCAGUUUUGGUUGAAUUGGGUGGCGCAAAACAAGAACAAGAAAUUAUUGAAAAAAUUAAUGAACUACGGUUUGAUAUCAACCAAUCAUUAUCAUCAUUAUCACUCGCUCUUGGAAUUAGUACGAAUAUUAAAACAUCAGAAGAGAAUAUGAAUAAUAUCGUAAUCAGCUCAGAAGGUACUACUAUUUCUUCAAAGGAUGAAAUUCUGCAAGAAAACGCAUGCAAAAAAAAUUAUGAAAUUGCAGCUGAACAAGGCAAAAUCGAAUUGCAAAACAUUAAAAAAUGUUUGUUUGAAAAAGAACUUUUACAAUGCAAAGAAACGCUUAAAAACUUUGAGGACGAAAAAAUUCGAUUUAUAGAAGAAAUUUCAUUACUGAAAGAGUUGAAUGAGAAGCAAAAGUGUCAUUUGCAAUCCAUAAAUGAAGAAUUGGUACAACGUGAUAAAGAACUGCAAUCAUAUAAAACGAAAAUUGAUGCUUUUGAGACCGAAACUAGCAAUUUAAAUAUAACAUUGCGAAGAAUUCUUUUUGAUUUGCCAAGAGGAUUCAUUGAUCCUGAAAAAAUUGGAUAUAUCUUUGAUGUCAAUACCAGUUCAGCAAGCGUUCUUCAUAAACAAAUCAGCAUUGUCGUGAGUCUUUUUGCAAAUUUUGAACAGGUAAUCUAUCGACUUCUUGAUAUUAUUAAAAGGAGUGAAGACAAAUUCAAUGCAAAAUGCGAUUUACUUAAUCAGAAAUGGGAAACAGAGAAUGAAGUUACAAAUCGUGGAACUGCGGAAAGCGCAAAAGCUGAAAGGUCUCAAUCUUCAUCAAAGCAAGUACAAACUGAAAUGGAUGAUAAAUGCAUUACCUUGUUCAAAAAACAGCGCGAUUUGAUAAUUUUACUUAAUUCUGCGAACGAAGAAAAUUCAAAAAAACUAGAGAAACAAAACAGAUACUUAAGUAUUUACUACUUAUUCAUCGUGAAUUUGUUCAAAUUUGUUAACAAAUGGGCAGGUCAUAAUAUUGUCAACACAAAAAAUAUAUUCUCAAAAGCAGAUCUCAAAUGUGUUUUUCAACGGUUAAUUCAAAUUCGAAAUUUAUAUGAAGGAAAAAUUACAGAAAUGACAUUAUUAAUAAAUAAAAAUAAUGGCUUACUGGAAAAAGUUGUUGCGGAACAAAAAAAUAUUAAAUCAAAUUUACCCGAUCAAUCCAAUUGCGAUCAUAACAAAUCACCAAACUUUAAUGAUAAUUCUCUCAGUGAAAAUAACAAAGAACCAAGUUCUACAUUUUCUGUCAAGAAUUUCGGAAAAAUGUGUGAAAAAGCAAAAUUCAUUGUGCAACUUUUAGAAAAAAUGGAACAGAGCCGUGAAUUUAAGGUUGAAACUAAUUUCAAUUUUGAAAAAUUUUGUUUAUUUGCAUGA